GCUCCGCUGAGAACACGUGUCACAACAACAAGCAUGCGAAACCGGAAGUGCAGCAUAACAACGGAAAUGUGCGGUUAAUUCAAAACUGCGCGAGUGUUUUCAGCGUUUUUAUUUGUGCUGUGACGAUUAACUCUAAUCAUGUUUGAGAUGUUUAACGUUUAUUAAGUAAUUCAGCAGAUGUGUGUGUUUAACGCGAGUGUGAAGAACAGCAACAACAUGUCAACAAAGAGUCUGGCGAAAGAGCUGGGUCUGAUCCGGAGGCGCAGUCAGUCGUCAGGAGCUCAUCAGUCUUUACGCCAGCAGCGCUUCUCCUUCCUCAUCAUCAUUGACUUCGAGUCGACGUGCUGGAGAGAGAAGAACAGCUUCAGGCCGGAGAUCAUCGAGUUUCCAGCGGUUCUGCUGAAUCUGUGUAACGGAUCCGUCGAGUCUGAGUUCCACUCGUUCGUCCAGCCGCAGGAACACCCGGUGCUAUCAGGCUUCUGCUCGCAGCUCACGGGCAUCACACAGGAUCAGGUGGACUCCGCCCCCCCGCUCCACAUCUGCCUGUCCAGGUUCGUGCGCUGGCUGCAGGGCCUCCAGCAGGAGAGGGGCGUGGCCUACGAGACGGACAGCUCUGGCCCCGCCCCCUCAGGACACGCCUGCGCUUUCGUCACAUGGUCAGACUGGGAUCUGGGUGUUUGUUUGCUGUACGAGUGCAAGCGGAAGCAGCUGAGAGUUCCUGAAGCUCUGAAGAGCUGGAUCGACCUGCGUGCCACAUACAGGCUGUUCUAUAACAGGAAGCCCAAGGGUCUGAGAGGAGCUCUGCUGGACCUCGGCAUCCAGUUCACCGGCCGAGAGCACUCAGGUCUGGUGGACGCGAGGAACACGGCUCUGCUGGCGUGGAGGAUGGUGUGUGACGGCUGUUUCAUGACCCUCACCAGGACUCUGCAGCGGGCACUGGUGAAGCCCAGACCUCAGCGGGGGAACAUCUGUGCAACGCCGAGUGUGUGUGACAAGCCGCAGACGAGUGUGUGGCGCUCUGCUCUGAGUGUGUGUGACGAGCCGCAGACGAGUGUGUGUCGCGCCGCUCAGAGUGUGUGUGACGAGCCGCAGACGAGUGUGUGUCGCUUCGCUCCAAGUGUGUGUCUCGCCGCUCAGAGUGUGUGUGACGAGCCGCAGACGAGUGUGUGUCGCUUCGCUCCAAGUGUGUGUCUCGCCGCUCAGAGUGUGUGUGACGAGCCGCAGACGAGUGUGUGUCGCGCCGCUCAGAGUGUGUGUGACGAGCCGCAGACGAGUGUGUGUCGAGCGCUGGUGUCGCUGGUCACCGUCCUCUCCAGCACAAACACACCGCUGGGAAACCUCCAGAAGACUAGCAACACCGCGCUGGCCGGGCUCUCCGACACGACCUACGACCCCGAGACCCCAGACGCCUGCUGGAGCGACGGAGUCCUGCUGACCGAGGAGGGGGAGGAGCCUGUUGCUCUGGGGGAGGAGCCUGACGAGAACAGACCCAACGAAACCACAUCAGACCGGCUCAAACCCACCGUCUCCUGUGUCUCCACCAGUCUCUUUAAAACACCCAGACCGGUCCCUCACACACUCACACACACAAACUCACACACACACACAGACCCGUACGGGCCGCUCUCUCGCUUCUUAGGCCACGCCCCCUUCAGCAUUCACAGAGACACACCCACCAGCACUCACAGAGCCCCGCCCCCCAGCAUCCACAAAGCCCCGCCCUCCAGCGCUCUCAGAGCCCCGCCCCCCAGUGUUCGCAGAGACACGCCCCUCGGCAUUCACAAAGCCCCGCCCCCCAGCGUUCACAAAGCCCCGCCCUCCAGCGCUCACAGAGCCCCGCCCCCCAGUGUUCGCAGAGACACGCCCCUCGGCAUUCACAAAGCCCCGCCCCCCAGUGCUCACAGAGCCCCACCCCCCCUCAGGCCCCGCCCCCCUGGCCCCACUGCUGCCAGUGUCUCUGGGAAGCGCACGGCUCCUCUGUGUGUGUGUGGCCGCAGGGCCCGGCGCCUGACGGUGGGGAACGGGGGCCCGAACCACGGGCGUGUGUUCUUCUGCUGCCCCGUCACACGCCACCGCUGCGGCUUCUUCCAGUGGGAGUCUGGGCCAAUCACGGCCAGAACACUACACGCCUGCAGAUCCACUGCACUCAGAUGAGCACAGUCACGCCUG